AGAAAUCCACGUCAGAAUCGUGAAAAAUGUCUUCAAAUGUGAGACGCGCUCUAUCCUCUGUCGUCAGCAGGGGGCGCUGCUGAGAGGCGAGCAGGCGCUCCGUGGAGAGAUGAACCAGUGCGGUGAAUUUCAGCCUCAGCUGCGGAUCUGCUGCUUCUCCCUCCAUCGUUUUGGUGUUCCUUUAAACGCUAUUGGGUUGAGAUUCCUCUGGAGCUUCGGGAAAAAUCUGUUUUAACGAAAAAAUAAUGGAAAAAGAGGAAAAAUCUGCACAGGGAGACAAAUCACCAGACGAUGUGGUCUCCAUGGCUGACUCUACCGUGACAAUCGAAGAUAUCGAGGAAGAACUCUUCAGAAUCGAGCGUCUGCGGGACAUCCUCGUUCGAAGAGAGUCAGAACUUCGAUACAUGAUGGAUGAUAUCCAGCUCUGCAAAGAAAUCACACAGCUGAGGCAGGAGCUGAGGAAACUAGUCGUAAUUCCAGACAAAGAGAAGUCCAAAGAGGUCAGAGAGAAGGAGGAGGAGCUUCUGAGGCAGAUCAACAAGCUGGUGGAGACCAGAGACUUUCUGGUGGAGGACGUGGAGUUUGAGCGGCUCAGGGAAAGAGAAGAAGACAGAGAAAUGGCGGCCUUCUUUCAGUCCAAAUUUCCUCAAGCUUCAGCUCCGAAAGGGAAGUUUCCAAACAGAAAGAUGGCGUCCAAACCCCAGCAGACGCUGUUCCUCCCCAAAACCGGCCUGGCUCUGGUGAGAGACUGCUGCGGCUUCACCUGCUCCAUCAUGUGAAGGAAAACCACGAACGCUUCUACCAGUGUGUGUUGUUGCUGUGUGUGCAUACAUGACUCCUUCAGCAUGUUCUUGCAUUUCUUGGGAAUGUCCACAUUUGUGUGUAAAAGUUGUGACUUUCUGCAGCUUUGUGGGUCCUGCAGCUCGAUGGUUUCUGCUCAGUUAAGGUAAUGGGUGUGAUUACAGCUACUGUCCAUCAGUGAGGUCCAGACAGCAAAGCCUUCAGUCUAUGAGAGCUUCUGUGUUUAUUACAAACCUUUGUUCCCAUAAGCAGAUAAAUACAUAUGAGAAUCUAACACAUUCUUUUCAAAACUAAAUGUUUACAAUGUGUUUGAACAAAACGCUAAUAUUAAAAUACAAAUGGGAUUUUCUGUGACUAAAAUGUAUUUGUAAUGUUUUCAUGAUAAAAGAAUUUAAGAGUUUGUGUCUUUGUCAGAAUCAUUAGGAAAGAAUUGAAAUGUUCAUUUUUAUAAAGCUGAACUGAAAUAUUUUCAUGUGAUUAAGUUUAGAUGUGAAAUGCUUAAACUAUUUAAAAUGUUUAAAAUAACCUUAAAGUUAACAUUUAGAGAAUCUUAAAAAUCGUAAAUCAUUAUUGAUUUUGGUUCUUAAGUCUUAAAACUGUAUAUUGUUGAUGUGUUAAAUGAAUAUCUCUUGAUUACGGAUUAUUUAAUUCAA